UCCCUGAGGGGGCGGGACUUAGCAUUUCCUGCCUCUCAGGGGCCUUUCCGCCUCUGGUGGCGGCUAGGGAGGAGCGGCGGGCGCGCGAGUGUGGCUGCGCGUGCGUGGUGCGAACCUGUGCCUCCGCGGCUUGCCGGGUGUGCCAUGGACUUUCCCUCAGCUCAGCGAGCGGUACUUCAGCUGCUUGGUACUGUGACUCCAGCGGAAAUCCCGGCGCUGCUCCAGUGGAUGAGAAGUACCCGAGAUUUUGAUGAAUUCACUGAAGAUAAUAGUGAUGUUAUGUUGAAAAACAUAGCAGAUGACCUUCGGAAUUGCUUACCUCUAGAAGCUGUGCUUUCCUCAGAACAUCUAGCCCUUCAAAAAAUACAGCAGCAGCCAGAACCCACAGUUCACGUUGAUGCAUUCCUCUAUGACGAAGACUUUAUUGAUUCAUUAUGUGAGGAAGGGAAAAUGAGCAGAAACUACUGUACUGUGUGUGGCUCACACCAAACAGCACCUUUAGGAUUUAUUUCUCAUUCCUUCUCCCUUGUGGAGUUGAAGUUCGUUUAUCAUCAUGUUCUCCCUGAUCUGUCGGGAAAGGUUUUGGUUGAUGUUGGCUCCAGACUUGGCACAGUCCUCUAUGGGGGUUACCUUUACAGUUCAGCAGUGCAACUCUAUGGAGUAGAACUGAAUGGAGAUUUUUGCCAGUUGCAGGAAAUGAUCAUAAACAAAUACCAAUUCAGUGACAGAAUAAAGGUGCUUCAUGCAGACAUCUGUACCCAGAGUGCACUUCUGCAAAAUGCUGAUGUCAUUAUAAUGAAUAAUGUCUUUGAAUAUUUUCUUAAUGAGGCUGACCAGGCCAGAGCUUGGGACUAUAUUAGCCAUAAUGUGAGGAAACAAGGAUCAUUAUUAGUGACAGUACCAAGUCUAGAAGAUGCUCUCUUGGAUCUUCAGACUAAUAUACAGUUAUCCUCUUGGGUUGAAGAGGUUCCACUGAGCUAUGAUGCAUACCCACAUAAGGACAUUGACAGAGAAGCUCUUGAACAAAUUCAUCUGUAUAAGAUUCUAUAGUGCUAAAAUAAUUUUCUCUAGUGUGAUAUAUUGUUGAGUCUGUUACAAAAUAAUAAUGAACAUCCCCAGUAUGCUAAUAUAUGUUUUAUAUAUUCCCUUUCAAACUUUAUAUGUGUGUGUUUACAUACUUGUAAACAGUUGUAUAUGGUUGUAUGUAUGCAAUAGUUGUAUACAGAUACAAUAAACUUUAUGUGAUAAUUUAAAAAUUCA